AUGUUAGGGAUUAAGUUGGUUUGCUCUCAAUGUGGCUACUAUAGGCAUGGUAGGGAUACUUGUCCUGUUAUUUUGAAAGCCAAGGCUCAGGUUGCUGAAAUUGGAAAUGCUAAGGAUAUGGAGGUUAACACUCCUGCUAAGGAUAUGGAGGUUAACACUCCUGCUAAGGAGGAUGAUCUGGAUGCUUUUGAUCCCAAGAAGGUUGGUGAGGGGAACGUCAUGAAGAAUUUUAAGAAGAAGUUUCAGAAAGAGCAGGGACCUUUUAGUGUUAAUUCUACUAAGGCUUCCCCUCAAAUUGAAGAAGGUUUUAAGAAUGCAUAUUCUAGCCCAAUUAAGUAUGAGGUUAGUAAGCCUACAAAGAAAGUGGUUACCCCUACUAGUGAUUUUGCUAAGUCUACUGGGAGUAACUGA